AGCGCGUGUUGAUUGGUGUGCGUAAAAGUUUAUGAAUGAAAUCUGCAAAGUGCAUUCGGUUCGUUGCAAUCUCCUGUAUUUCUCCAUCUGUUUCACAUCGGAAUCUGAUAAUCUUGUAGUCACGAAGAAACGGCGAUAAGAUCAUUGUUCCCGGAGCGAAUCGGUGUGCUUAGUGUGUCCCUUAUCAGUGGAGAAAUGUAAAUAGAAUGGCUCCACCAGUAGUUGUACGGUUCGAGUUGAGAAGAGAAAAUUUUCCUUUGCAUUGAGGUCACCACACAGACCAGCUGCUGCUGCUGCUACGUCGUCAUCGAUUCGAUCGAAAACCUAGCAGCAGGAUGUUUAAUGUGUUCAAAAAGUUGGCCACGAAGGGCGAUGGGCCUGCCGGUGGAGGCGGUGCUGCCGUGCCGGGAUCCGUCGGGCAGCAGAUGUCGGAUUCGCUGAAAAAGAAGUUCUCCCGAGGAGUGCAGUACAACAUGAAAGUGAUUAUCAAAGGCGAUCGCAAUGUGGGGAAAUCGUGCCUCCUGGAACGACUUCAGGGCAAAGCAUUCCUUGAGCAGUACAAUCCGACAGACCAGAUCCAGGUGGCCUCGAUUCAGUGGUCCUUCAAGGCAACGGACGACAUUGUCAAGGUCGAAGUUUGGGAUGUGGUUGACCGAGGAAAAUCCAAACAGAAAUCCGGAGGUCUGAAAUUGAACACGGAUGCUCAGGCUAAGGAGGACGUUCCGGUGCUGGACGCGGAGUUCCUUGAUGUUUACAAAGGAACUCAUUGUGUCAUCAUGAUAAUGGACAUUACUAAGGCGUGGACGUUCGAUUACGUGUGUCGAGAAUUGCCAAAAGUACCGGGCGAGAUUCCGGUGCUUCUACUGGGGAACCAUUGCGACAUGGGUCACCACCGGGUCAUCAGCAAAGAUCAGAUUCAGGGUUUCAUCGAGGAUGCCAGUCGGAAUCGAACCGCAGAAAUUGUGUACGGCGACAGUUCAAUGAGGAACGGAUUUGGACUCCGGUUGCUACAUAAGUUCUUCGGCAUUCCGUUCCUGUACCUUCAGAAAAGUGCCCUCGAGGCAUCGCUUAAGAAAAAUGAACAAGACGCGGACAUUUGCCGGUUGGAGAUAAGCGAGUUUCUGAAAUCCGACGAAUCCGACUACACCAACUUUCUGGAGCAGCUGAUCAAUCGCAAGAAGUCCCAUCCGGCCUCAGCUCCGUCCACCCCGCUGGAGCAAAUGCCCCGGCCGACUAAGAGCAUCAUCCUGGGCGGAGGACACCCGAUAAUCGUUCCGGACAAAAACAGUCACCUGGCGGUCGCGUCGACCUCCACCGUCAACACUGCCAAGCUUUCCUCGCCAAUCGGUGGAAACAAGGCCAAUGCAUCUCCGGUUAAAAAUUCUCAAAGUGUCGAAGCUCUUCGGAUUCCGAAAAGUGCCACCAUGGGAUCGAUUCCGGCGGAGGGAAGCAGCAGUGGAUUUGUGGCCACUGGGGGUGGAUUGGGAUCUCCUGGUGGUAAAAUCAGCAAUGUGGAUGAAUUCUGCCCGGAUGGAGGCAUUUUGGACAAAUCUUUCCUAGACGAUGGUCCUUUGGAUGGUCCAACAACGACGCAAGAACCCAAUCAAAUGCAUGAAUCUGAUAGUGAGGAUGAGAACCACCACAAUCCGUUGGUUUCACGCUUCGAUGACGAGAUUGUUGCUGAUGGGGCGGAUCAACCGGAUGAAUCUGCAAUCGCCAAGUCCAGGAAUUCUUCGGAUUCACCCCGUAGGGCAAACCCUCUCCGGCAGCAGCAAACUCCUUCGCCCAACCCCGUCGUUGUGGAUCGAGCGUUCUCUCUGUCCAGCAUUGAACUGGAGAUUGAACGGGUGGACGCAACGAAUGCCGAUGCUGGGUCCCUGAACGAUAGCGAAAGCUGGUCACUCGAUACCAAGGAGCGGCGAUCGCCGGAAGGUGGCGAAGAUGUCGGUUCCAACGUAUCGGUCACCUGCUCCAAAAGUACUAGCAGCAGUGGGAAGAAGAGUAAAGACAAGGACAAGGAGCGUAGCAGCAAGCACAAAAAAUCGAAGAAGUCCAGCCGCGAGAAGGACGAAUCCCGGGAGGAACGACGGCGCAGCAAACGCAAAAGCCACGUCGAUGAGUUCGUCCAGGAGAUGAAAACCAGCGUCGACUAUUGCGAGGAAGCGUACGAAGCGAUUUGAGAGACUUAUCCAUUGAAAAAGUGGACCUUUAGAACAGAGUGUGCUUAAUUUGCUAAAACUAUUCCUUCCUUCAUUUUUGUACUGUUCAAAAUAUUAUACUCGUUUAUUUUUUUAUAUAUUGUUAACUUGCUAAGAUGUCGCGCUGAAGGUAGAAAAUUUCUAAUCUUCAAAGCUAGAAAAGUUUCAUUCCACGCUUGAGACUAUUAGAAGCGAAUUUAUUGGAUAAAUCUCAAUGGAAGCCCCCAAUGCAAUUAUACCUAGUAUAAUGAACAUAUUAUUGGAAUCGUAAAUCAAUUGUUGUAUAAAUUCUAAUCACUCGGUGUAAUAUUGAAAAUUGUGAAUGAAGAAAAGAUGAAACAUUUUACCUAUUAAAAGUUAUCUGCUCCAAAAAAC